AUGUUGAAAGAAAACGAUAUAUUUUUAGAAAAAUAUCACAUAGAAAGCGUACUUGGCUCAGGAGGAUUUGGGGAAGUUUAUAAAGCAAAAGAUCUAAGACACAACAGAUCUGUAGCUAUUAAAAUUGACAUAGCUAGAAAAAACCAAGUAUUAUUAGAAUCUAAAAUACUUUCUGCCCUUCAAGGAGGUGAAGGAAUUCCUAAAUUAUAUGAAUCAGGUAGAACUGACGAGAUAAGCUAAGGACCCCCCCCUCAUUUGUCGAAUUUUCUAGUCUUUUUUUUAUAAGAAUUUUUUUUUCAGGACCUCAUUUGUCCCAAAAUCUAGUCAAAAAUGAUUUGUCCAAUUUUCUAGUCUUUUUUUGAUUUUUUCGAAUGCCCUAAAUUCUAGUUUUUUACUUUAAAAAAACUAGAAAAUGAGACAAUUGAGGUCCUGAAAAUUUUUUUUCUCUAUCAAAAAUUUUGACUAGAAAAUUGGACAAUUGAGGUCCUAAAAAAAUUUUUUUUUUCCUAUAAAAAAAACUAGAAAAAUGGGCAAAUGAUAAAAGACUAGAAAAUCGGACAAAUGAGGGGGGGGUCCUUACAUGGUCAUACAGCUAUUAGGGAAAAACCUAGGCAGUGUCCAAAAGGAGUAUGGUGGAAAAUUUGACAUUGGCACUACUGUGCAUAUUGCCUUGCAAAUUCUCUCAAGGCUUGAAUACAUACAUCACAAAGGGUAUAUUCAUAGGGACAUUAAACCCCAGCAAUUUUUGUUGUCUCUUGACGAAAAGUCUAUAUAUCUGGUCGACUUUGGGCUUUCUCAGAAAUAUAUUUAUGAUAAUCAUCAUUUAGCAUUUCAAAAUCACUGCUCAAAGGUAGGGAAUUCAACGUUCGCGUCUCUAAAUGAUCAUACUGGGCUUCGUCAGAGCAGAAGGGAUGACUUAGAAUCACUUGGGUAUAUGCUGGUUUAUAUGUAUAAGGGAAUUUUACCAUGAAGUAGCACAUAUAAAGUCGCAAGUGCCAAUCGUUGGCAACAAGUUUUGAAUAUAAAAUCAGCAAUCACAAUUCCUGAUUUAUGCCAGGGCUGUCCGCAAGCCUUUGAAGCAUUCAUAGUAUACGUAAGAAAUUUAAGGUUUGAGGAAAAUCCUGACUACUCCUAUUUAAAAUCUUUACUUGAAAAUAUCAGAAAUAGAGAAAAAAUUCCAGCAAAUUAUUUCGUUUGGCACAACCAAAAAGAGCCAAAAAAGCCUCUUAGAAUCAAACGGAAAAAAUCUCUAACACACAUAAAGUUAAAAGAAGCCCCUGAAAUUGCCUUACAAGCAUCAGAUGCCAAUAUAAAUAUCGCAAAAGAAAUCACAAAAAUCGCUACCCCUCCCUUUAAAUUGAAACAACGAAUGGUAAUUUUUCCAUUUUUUUGUGCUUUAGCCACCCCCUCUUUAAAUUGGAAUGGAAAAUCUUUUUUUUCGUAAGGAAAAUCUAAUAGGUAAAAUAUGAAAUUUUAUAAUAUCAGUUUUGACAUAAUUUAAUGAAUAAGUGCUUAUUUCAACAUCUUUAAAACAUAUCCAAUUAAUUUUUGAAUUAAUUCUUACUCCCCCCCCCCUCCGUGAGCGAACAAAACCAUUAGAAAAAUCGCCAUUUUUUGACCAAAAACCCACCCUCCGUGAGUGAACAAAAAUUUUUUUAAUAGAAAAAAUUUUAAUGGAAAAAAAUUUUGAUAUAUAAGUGAUAAUUAGUAUAAUGAAAUCUAGAGCUAAUUCUGUUUAAUUUUAAACAAAUUGCGUUUUAAAACAUAAAUUUUGCAAAUUAAAUUAAUAUUUGCUUCCCAAUUUUUGCAAAUUAGGAUUUUUUUAAAUUUCGAAAAAAAUAUUUUUUUUAUAAAAUUUAUAUAUAAAUUUUUUUUAAAAAAAAAAAUUAACCCCCCUCCGUGAGCGAACAAAAUUUUUUUGUUCGCUCACGGAGGGGGGGGGGGGAGUUAGUAAAUGCAAAUUAUUGGCUCAAUUAUAUAUUUUUUUAAUUUUUUAAAAUUUUUGGAAAAAAAAAUUUAUAAUCUCCCUUUAAAUUCGAAUAUAAUUUUUUGUUUCAGUUUAGAGUAAUGGGGAGUAAACAUAAGAGAAGGUCAAGAACCUUAAUUCCAAUAAAAAUUCCUGAUCUCAGUGAAGAUGAAGCUUCAAGAACGGUUACAAGAGGAUUCAGAAUAUCGACUCCAAAGGUUAAUAGACACAUCCUUUCCCCAACAGAUGCUAGUUUGGUAGUUUUUGAAGAAAAUCAAAAUCCUAUUGAAGAAAAUUCCUAUGAUGUAGCAAUCGAUCAAAAUAAUACUCCGAAAUCAAAAAUGCCGGAAAUUAAAAAUCGAGAUAUCUUAAGGAAAGCAAAAAUAGUUGAGACAGAGCCUGAAGCUAUAAUGAUUACAAAAAAGUCAUCUGAAAACUGCUCUAUCUUUUAG